AUGAACCAAUAUCGAGAGAUCAAAAUCGCCAUGUCGUCAAGACCUACCACAGCUAGCACAGUUAUUGAAAAGCCCAACAGGAAGGCUGUCUGGCCUAGCUGUCUCUUCAACUUCAACCCUAUCAAGACUUGGGCCACAACCAUGUUCGGAAACAAACCUGCAUACGUCGAGCUGGACGACGACUCUGAGCCGUUGCUGGAUGACAUGCGAGCACCCAGACCUGCAAAUGUUGUUUCGAGUUACAUGCGCCGGGCCGCUUCACGAACGAUUAGGAAAUACAACCGGCUGCCAUGA